AUGGCCUUACGUCUUCUACUUCCUUUCCUGUUGGCCAUUGAUGUUGCUGCAGAGCCGUCUAUUGGUAUUCGACACGGUCGAAUAAGCGAGUUGCCACGGCAUCUACAAUUGGCAAAAAUGAACGCAGUUCCGUUGUCGGCAGCUGCAACCACCAUAGCUCAAGGUACAUCCUUUGUUUACUCGUACUUGAACAGUCAUUUGAAUGCGAAGGACACCUCCUACACUGAGAAUCUCGCCCUAUCCAUCACAAACCCAACCGAUCAGAUCGCAUCCGUCACGGUGGCCAUUACUCCAGCUGACAUUCAGACCGAUUACAUGGACCAGUACCUCCAGUAUGCAGUGAUAGAGACCAAAGUGUUGUUCGUUGACUCCAACGUCACCAUUUCACUGAUCGCAAGCAACAGCCUCACCGCUGGCGGAGGCGAGGACAAGUUCGUCGUUCUACCGAUCUGCCAACUCGGGUUGGAGUACCACGUGGUCGGGGACGAGUCCUCUCACGUUUUCCAGAGCUAUCAGUCGACAAAUAUCAUCACUAUCAUUGCCACGCAAGAUCAAACAACGGUUCAAAUGAAUUACUUAUACACGGCACCCACUGUACUGAAUCGCGGAGAACAACUCACAAUCGCCACCUACUACACCCAGACGACAGUGGCCGUAAGUUCGGACAAACCAGUAGCAGUGAUCUCUGGAUCAGUUUGUGGGUACGGGUACUACAAUCCUAGCCACUGUAGUUAUGAGGUGUUGAUGCUUGCACCGUCAUCAAACUGGGCAAAAGAUGCCGCCUACUAUAAAUUUCAACCAGAAGAUAUAGGAGAAUUCAUGGUCCUUUUUGAGAAGGAAAACACUGUGGUCUAUCUAGACGAGGUCCAGGUAGAUGGCGGUCCAUUCGGUCAUGACUCCUAUCUGAUAGUUGGGACUAGGACAGGAAGCUAUGUCCGAGCUAAUGGUCCAAUCUACGUGGUCGCGGUAGGCAGCUCCAACUCGCAAAAUCAGGGAGCACCGUUCUUCGCGAAUGUUCCGUCAAGUUCUAGCUUCAGCCAAGGACCAUUCACCUUCUCAAUGGGCCGAAGCAACUCCUACUUCGUUGAUGUGGCCGUGAAAGGAGGGAAACAUACGGUUUCCUUUGUAGGAGCCGAUACGCCAUGGGCACCAAUCACUUUUGGCGUGACAGUUUAUGGUUAUGGAUUAAAUCGUGGCUAUGCUUUCACUCCUGGACUCAGUUAUCAGGGUGAGUAA